AUGGCGGCCUGGAGGGACGCGCCCUACCACGAGUCGGCCCGGAUGGACGCGUCCUACCACGCGGCGGCUUGGAGGGACGCGUCGUACCACACAGCGGCCUGGAGGGACGCGUCCUACCACGAGUGUGGAAGCCAAGCUGCAUCUGCGGCGAGCAACGGGGGCCCCGGGCCUCCUCUGGGCCGGGUCAGUCCCUCUCUGCCUCGCGCUCCGAGGGUUCAGAACCAGUUCCAGCUCCAUAUUAAAGUCGACUCUGAGGUGAUGACAGUCAAGUCGCUGUCGACCAAUCAAGGUGACGUUCCACCUCCCCAGAGCCUCUGCCCCCCUGGUCUGGUCCGUCAAGGCCCCCUGACCUUCACUGCCACCUAUGUGGCAACGCACCCGACCCCAGUAGUUCCUCCCAGAGUGUCUAAUUGCAACCAGAGAGCCUGGGUAGGACUGUCCGGGGACAGCUGGAGGUGGUCCCUGUCAGACCCAAGUUUCUACAAACCCGGGGAGACGGACUUCACACGAUGGGGGUCAGGAGAACCAGAUGUUAAAUACAGUGAAAAAGCCUGCGUCGCAGUUACUAAUAAUGGAGACUGGUUCGACUACAUUUGUAACGACAGAGGUUUUCACACAGUGGCGUGUCCAGUCUGCGCAGAUGUCAGAGGGUCAAAUGUGACUUUUGUCCACGUCAACACCACUAUUUCAUGGACUGAAGCCCAGAGCUACUGCAGAGCUAACUACACAGACCUGGCCAGCGUGAGAAACAUGGCAGAUAUCCAGAAGAUGAGGGCGGUGAUAGCUGGAGUACCCCUUCAACCCUGGAUUGGCCUCUCCAGAGACCCCUGGAAGUGGUCUGAUGGAAGUUCCUCCUCAUUCAGCUUCUGGAAGACCGGGCAACCUGAUAUCAAGAACGGGAACCAGACCUGCGUGGCUGCAGACUUCAGCCAAUCCGGAGCCUGGGAGGACUGGCCAUGUGACAUGGAGAGAGCGUUCAUUUGCUAUGGUCCAGUGGUUCCUGUUUCAAAGAAAGUGAUGAAAGUGAAGUUUGUGAAGAAGGGGGAUGGGGAUCUGAAUGAGUCUGAUGUGAUGGCGGCCAUGUUGAAUCAGCUCCAACAGAAGCUGAGGGCCCAGGGGCUGGACCACAACAUCAAGCUGAGCUGGAGGAAGCAGGCCGAUGGAGAAGUCUUCCACAAGGAAGACCAGAAGACCAACAAGAGGAGGAGGAAGAGGGACGAGCUGUAGUGUUGAGUUGCUGCGUCUCUUUCUUUCCUCUAAGAUGUGACGGAG